UGAUCAGAGAUCCGCUGCUGAUCAGAGAUCUGGUGGAGGACGAGGUCUUUCUCCUCCUGACGCGGAUCGUCUUCUGGAUCAGUUUCAACAUGUUGAAGUUCAGAAGCUCCUCGCUGAGAUCAGCUGCUGUGCUGCUCUCACCUGCUGCUGCUGCUGCUGCUCAGCCUCGUGUGCGUCUCUCUACGAGCCCCCAGCAGAAACACAGAACCUUCUACGAGUUCCGCACCUACUGCAUCCGUCCGGACCAGAACACCGCCUUCCUCAAACUGACCAAUGAGAAGAUCCACCUGCGCACCGCCCACUCCGAGCUGAUUGGCUACUGGAGCGUGGAGUACGGCGGCCUGAACCAGGUGUUCCAUAUAUGGAAGUAUGACAGUUACUCCCAGCGGGCAGCGGUCCGGGCAGCUCUGGCCCAGGACCCCUCCUGGAUCUCAGACUACAUCUCCAAGGCGAUGCCGAUGCUGACGAGUCAGCACAACGAGGUCACGUACCUGGUUCCCUGGAGCCGCCUGCAGAGGCCGCCACAGGAGGGCGGUGCGUACGAGCUGAUGUCCUUCCUGAUGCGUCCUGGUGGUCCAGCGGUUUGGGGCGACGCCUUCCAGGCUGCCAUCACCUCCCAUGAUGCACCGGGGUACGGCAAGCUUGUGGGAGCUUUCCACAAUGAGUUUGGGCUGCAGAACAGAGUUCACACCCUCUGGUGGUUCGAGAGCGCCGACCAGCGAGCUGAAGUUCGACAUAAAGCUCACACUGAUGCCAGAGUGGUCGCUGCAGUCAGAAACAGCGUCGUCCAUCUGGACUCUCAGGAGAAUAAACUCAUGUUUCCGUGCUCCUUCUCGCCGCUGAAGUAACUUCCUGCCCUGUGUCGUCUCCAUGGCAACAGAGAAACACGAGCCUUUAACAUGUAAAACUCAUCCUCGGUUUGUCCUCUGCGGGCUUCCGUACGAGCAUUAACACAACACGUCGAGGAUCGUUCAGUUUUAUAAACUUUACUGAUGUAAAUGAACCUUUAACAUCAUAAAAUCAUCAAUAAAUCAGAUGAGUUGUUUUGUUUUAAUGUCUGCAGAUUCUGUUUGUUUACACCGAAGAGACGAAAUGUUCCUUUAAAGCUGAAACUGGUUUAUUUCUGCUGCAUGUAACAAAAUAAUGAAUAAUUAUAUUAUAAUAAAUGUGAUACAUGUGGACCAUCAA